UCAACGCUCAGCUAGUAGCAGCUUCCUUUUACAGCUUUCGGAGGCAAGUGCAUGAACAAGUGAAAGAAAGGACUUUAAAGUACGCACUGUGAAAGAUGAAAAUAGCCAGGAAGAAAAACUGAGUCUACUUUGGUUGCUGGAAACUAGUUUAAGAGCAGAUGUUAAACUCUUGAACAGAGACUCUUUGGUGAGAAACAGGAUGCCAGUUUAUCAGCCUUGGUGCCAUGGCAAUCUAACUCGAUCCAAAGCUGAGGAUCUCCUAUCCAAAGCAGCAAGAGAUGGAAGCUUCCUUAUUCGGGACAGUGAGUCUAUACAGGGAGCGUAUGCCCUGUGUGUUUUAUACCAGAACUGUGUGUACACAUACAGAAUCCUGCCAAAUGAGGAUAAGAAGCUCUCUGUCCAGGCAUCUGAAGGAGUUCCUAUCAGGUUCUUCUCUAUGCUGCCCGAGCUGGUGGAGGCAUACUACAGCCCCAACAUGGGUCUUAUUACACAUCUGCAGUAUCCAGUCCAGAGGGAGGAGGAGGUAGACGAGGAGCCAGAAUCCAAUAGUCUUCCACCACAGCUUCCACCCAGGAACUUCGGACCCAACGAUGUAAAAGAGUCUCCUGAGCAGGCCUGCAAAUCCUUAUCAGACACCUACCUGAUGAGACUGCAGCAUAUGGACAUGUCCGCAGUACCAGAGGAACACCAACAAGCCAUCCAAGAAUACUUCAGGAACUCAAUCUAUUCGGAUGCUGAACACCUACAGAGUGGAAACCCCAACCUCCCUGGCCUGAAGAAGCUAACAUUGUCUAUCUGCAAGAAUGUAAACAGUGAAAUUUUCCGCAUUCUGCCAGCUCUGGAGGUCUUCAAUAGAACACUGGACCAACAGCUUUCCCCAGGGAUUGCACACUUUGGAAAACAAAUGUCUGUCGAUUCAGGUCAAUCUGUAUCCUUUAGGCUUGAGCAGCUGACAAAACUGAUCUACGCAAUAGAAGAUAAGGCUAAAAGUGCUAUCUUUGACUCCGUUGGAUAUGAAGGGGGCCAUCGGAAUUCUCUCAUACCAGUUGUUACGUUUGAGGUCAAACAAGAAUCUCUUGGUAUUUCCACAAAGACGUUCCUGAAAGUGGACGUUGAAAGUGGGAAGAUCUACUUCAAGAAGUCAAAAGAUGGGCCUGAAGACAAAUACUUUGUGCACAAUAAAAUCUUACAGUUGGUGAAAUCCCAGAAAAUGCAUGCCAAACUGGUCAUUGUGGUGGAGACAGAAAAAGAGAAGAUUUUGCGGAAGGAGUUUGUGUUUGAUGACACAAAGAAAAGAGAGGGGUUUUGUCAGCUUCUUCAACAAAUGAAGAACAAACACUCUGAAAAGCCAGAACCAGACAUGAUCUCAGUGUUUAUUGGCACCUGGAACAUGGGAAAUGCUGGUCCCCCCCACAGCAUCAACUCCUGGUUCCAGUGUAAGGGCCAAGGGAAGACCCGAGAUGACACCGCAGAUCACAUCCCGCAUGAUUUCUAUGUCAUUGGGACACAGGAAGAUCCUUUGGGCGAGAGGGAUUGGGCAUACACAGUGAAGGGUGUCUUGAGGGACAUCACAAACAUCAGCUUUAAACAAGUAGCGAUUCACACUCUGUGGAACAUUCGGAUUAUUGUCCUGGCAAAGCCUGAGCAUGAAAACAGGAUCUCUCACAUUUUCUCAGACAGUGUGAAGACGGGGAUUGCCAACACUCUGGGAAACAAGGGAGCAGUGGGGGUGUCCUUCAUGUUCAACGGUACAUCCUUUUGUUUUGUCAACAGUCACUUGACCUCUGGAAGUGAGAAGAAGCUCAGACGCAAUCAAAACUACGUCAAUAUCCUACGAUUCCUGAGUCUGGGAGAUAAGAAACUCAAUCCUUUUGACAUCACACAUCAGUUCACCCACCUCUUCUGGCUUGGUGAUUUGAACUAUAGGGUUGAAUUGCCAUCUACAGAAGCUGAGAACAUUGUGACAAAGAUCAAACAGCAGCAGUACCAGGAACUCCUCGGCAAAGACCAACUCAACAUGGAGCGGAAUGAUGGAAAGGUCUUCUUGCAUUUCGAUGAAGAGGAUAUCACAUUUCCCCCGACAUAUCGCUUUGAGAGAGAGACACGAGACAAGUAUGCCUACACAAAAGCCAAAGCUACAGGGACCAAAUACAAUUUACCCUCAUGGUGCGAUCGUGUCCUGCGGAAGUCAUACCCUCUGGUUCAUGUCGUCUGCCAAGCUUAUGGGUGCACUACUGACAUCAUGACAAGUGACCAUUCACCCGUAUUUGCCUCAUUUGAAGUAGGAGUUGCCUCACAGUUUGUCUCCAAGCAAGAUCCAAACAGUGCACCUCAAGGCGGGAUACAGAUCAUGAACUGUGUGGCUACCUUGUUUACGAAAUCAAAGACCAAAUUCUUCAUCGAGUACCAUUCCAGCUGCUUGGAGAAAACUGUCAAGACUACAGAGGGAGAAAACACGGAGCAAACAGAUGGUUCAAUAAAAGUUUGGUUUGGCAACCAAGUUCAGCUCACCCCUAUAAUCUCUGACCCCGAGUACCUUCUGGACCAGCACAUCCUUAUCUGUGUGAAGUCGACAGACUGUGACGAGUCAUACGGGGAGGGUUGUGUUGCACUGCGAGCUGCCCAGUUCUGCUACACAGAGUUUCAAAUCACACUGACACACCAUGGAGAGAAAACAGGCGCUCUGACGGGUGGCAUCCAACUACACACCUCUGAGGCCAAGACCACUGAGAAGUUAUACGAUUUCAUCAAAAUUGAAAAGGAUGACCCUGUCACCUCAAAAGGCAAAAGCUCCGACUUCAACAAGUUUUCUGUCGCCCAUGCGCACGAUAUUUCUAACCCGAGUUACAUGUCCUACAAAAGUGGCAAUGUGAUCGAUAAGGGCUGGAGUUACAGCAUGCCACCAAAAACUCUUCCUAUCGCCGGGCAAGGGGGUAAAGACUGUAAGAAGGGCAGCUAUGACGUGGGCACACGCAGUCCCACAGGAAAACCUUUUACUCCAACUGGUGAGGAUGAGAAGUCGGAGAUGUUUGACAAUCCGUUGUAUGGUUCAAUGGGAAAAUCACACGGUUGGGGAAAGGAUCAAAACCUUCCAGAGAAGGACCAUCUCACACCCCCAGAUCCCAUGUUCACAUCCUCCAAACCAGCAGAUGUAGAACCCGAUCGUCCCCCGGUGCCCACCCCUCGCAACCGCUCCUUCACUUGCUCUGAGGGCAAACCUCAUCCUUCGACUCCCGUCUCCUCACUUUCCACAGCACACAAGAAACCGGUAGUGCCCUCGCGCUCAGAAGGGGGAAUGAUAACCAGCCGGCCUCCUUUACCUGCCAAGUCCCGGCCAGGCCUGCCAGAGCCCCAGAUUGCCAAACCCAGAGACUACAGAGACAGCUCCGAACUCCCCAGCAAACACAGACCACCGGCAAGACCUGGCCAGUCACAGCCUAACAAAGACACGCAUCCAGAAGUUCCCAAGAUGGGCCGUCCCGUGAAGUGAGAUCACAGUCAGCACCGACUGUGCAGCUUUCUGUCCUGCAUUUUCAGAAACAUAGUACACUGAGUAAAGGCUUCAGCCAGUCCCUUUGCCAAAUAUAUCACUGAUAAGUGGUUAUUCAUUUGUAUUAAAGGAAUAGUUUGACAUUUUGGGUAGUACACUUGCCUAGAGUGAGAUGAGAAGAUUGAUACCCUUUAAUACAGGAGUGGUAUCAGUGUUACCAAUUAGCUGUCUGAGUGAAUUGGAGUAAUUCCCAAAAUUUGAAACUGUUAGUGUAUUGUGAUCUAGACAUUUUGGACAUGUUUUCAGCCUUCAUUUCUGCUAAGCUUGCAUUACAAAAGGCUAGGUUAGAAAUCGCACUCUGCUCAUAAAUAUUUCUAUUACAUUGUUAUAUACAGUUUUACACUAUAUUAUAGCUAAUGGAUGUUUACCAGACAGUAUUACCCUUGCACAGACAUUUAGAUUUUUGCUAUGAGGAUGUACAUUAAAAUGGUCAAAUAAAUUCAAAUAUCAAAGCUUGAUAACUAUAGAUUUUUGUGUUUUCAGUAAUGGCCUAAAACUGUGAAUAAAUACGAAUUUCAGGCCAGA